AUAUCUUUAUCUUAUCUUGGCUUAAGCUGACUGUGUAGACUAUUCAAAGGCCGCUUUAAGAUGGAUACAAGUCAAUCAUUGUUUUGUUUGUCUUUUUCCGUCAUAGUUUGUUUCAUAUCUUGUACGUUUAUCAACGUUCCAAACCAUCCGAGUUGGGCCUCAGCGUGGAUUUACCAGUAUGACGAAACGAAGGGUCUCCUUGCUAUGCGAAAUAACUACCACCCAAUUCCAAAUGAUACUUGUCAUGUGUACAAGCUUACAGACCAACAGAGACAUGAUAUUCACACAAUAUCCGGGGAAUUCAAAGUUGAGAUAAUGAUGUACGAAGCCAUAAUGACAAAACAUGGUGAGAAAAUGACGGCUGGAGAACUGAACAAUACAAGUUAUCGCCUUUGGAAGUACUGUGAGCGAAAUCUCCACUUCUUGAAGUACAAUUUCUAUGUGUGACAUGAAUAAAAUCGUUACUCACAGAAAA